CACCAAAAUUAUCCAAAUCCAGGAACACUAAAAAGUAUGUUUACCCCACCAGCGCUCCACCUUUAAACCUAUGUUGCCCUUCUCUUGUUGAUCAUGACCCCUCGGUCUCCCAAACAACAACCAAAGACUUCGACCAUCUCACGCAGACUUAGAACCCGUACCGACCAGAGCUUGUCUAUCCAACCGCCGGAGCUCCCACAGCUACGGAAUAUCCGUUCGCGCCGUGCCGCAACACUGCCUUCCGCUCGCCGCAUAUCUGUCACCUACCAGCCUGAACAGACACAUACACCCGUCUGGGAUCCUUCCGAAAUCCUCGAGCCGCUUCCACGUUGCAACACCUCCCAUCCGACUGGAUUUGAAGAAAACCCGCCUCCUGGCCUACUUCUCUCCCAACCACUCGAUCUCCCUCCCUAUCACUCACCCCAACGCUCACCUACCGAUUUUGUGCCGAUAUCGACUCAGUCAGAGCCUGAACAAUUUGAACUUCCGCAUUCGUCUGGCUCUGAUCUUCUUCCGUCUCCAUUACCUUCGCUGUCUGGCAGCCACCCUGCUGGGGAAUACGAAUUCCACCUCUCACCAGACCCUGAUCAUCCACAGGAUCCGUCCGUGGAAUUGCAAGAUAUGAGCAUAUUGGGUUUUCAGAUGCCUGCGCAAUACGGUUCUCUGGACCACCACUACGGCUCUCCACCAACUCUUGAUUCGCCAAGCUAUCCAUCAAUGAAUCAACAAACGUACCCUGAACCUCGAUCAUCCCAACCUCCACCUCAGAGCUCGGGAACGUAUGUGCCAUCUUAUACAUCGAGCCCUAGCCUUCAAAACCACAGACAUUCUAGCAGACCCGGCGAGCAAACGGUGCUACCUCCCUAUCAACCAUCAGUUCCACGAAGUCCAUAUCAGCCACCUCUGGGUUCCAUGCGUGCAAGUCCAACCCCUAUCAGCUAUCCUCCAUCUAGCGAACCUUCUCCAAUGCUCAGCUCUGCCCCGCAUAGUUAUCCCUACCCAGCAAUUCAUACCAGUCUACCUGGCCAAAACAUUGGUACAAUGGCGAGUACCUCCUCUAGCUAUCCACCACCGCCUAUCUACCCCCCAUCUAGCUAUGAUCCGUACAAUUCCCUCCCAACCACAAUGUACCCUCCUUCCACCUCAGCUGCCCCAUACUCAUCGUAUGACCCGCCAGCCGGGCUAGCUCCACAUCAUUCAACCACCGUUCCUGGGCUUUCUUCAUCACCUGGAAGCCAGAAUUCUAGCGUAAUGCCACCGCGCAUAGUGGGUGCUCGACCGAAGCCUCAAUGCUGGGAGCAUGGUUGCAAUGGACGGCAGUUUUCGACAUUCAGCAAUUUGCUACGCCACCAACGAGAGAAGUCCGGUACGGCGGCAAAAAGUUACUGCCCGCGCUGCGGGGCAGAAUUCACUCGUACCACGGCCAGGAACGGCCAUAUGGCUCACGAGAAAUGCAAGCCACGACGAACGUCAGAUACGAGCAGGUAAGCGGUAGGGCUGAGCAUGAAACGCUUGGGCCUUCCGCGAGAGUCAUCUUACGAAUCUCCUCAUGGUUUUGGGCGGCGUUCAAUUGUUCAUGGAAAGGGGGUGGUUCGGGAUGGCAAAGAGGCGUUCAGGGAAGACGUGGAAUAUUU